ACCAUGCCGCGAGCCCCGGCGCCCCUCUACGCCUGCCUCCUCGGGCUCUGCGCGUUUGUGCCCCGGCUCCCAGGUCUUAACAUAUGCACUAGUGGAAGUGCCACCUCAUGUGAAGAAUGUCUGCUAAUCCACCCAAAAUGUGCCUGGUGCUCCAAAGAGGACUUCGGCAGCCCACGGUCAGUCACCUCCCGGUGUGACUUGAGGGCAAACCUUGUCAGAAAUGGCUGCGGAGGCGAGAUUGAGAGUCCAGCCAGCAGCACCCGUGUCCUGCGGAGCCUACCUCUCAGCAGCAAGGGCUCCAGCUCCGUGGGCUCAGAUGUCAUUCAGAUGACGCCGCAGGAGAUUGCCUUGAGUCUCCGGCCCGGCGACAAGACUGCCUUCCAGCUGCAGGUUCGCCAGGUGGAGGAUUACCCCGUGGACUUGUACUACCUGAUGGACCUCUCCCUGUCCAUGAAGGAUGACUUGGACAACAUCCGGAACCUAGGCACCAAGCUCGCCGAGGAGAUGAGGAAGCUCACCAGCAACUUCCGCUUGGGGUUCGGGUCUUUUGUUGACAAGGACAUUUCUCCUUUCUCCUAUACGGCACCAAGAUACCAGACCAAUCCAUGCAUUGGUUACAAGUUAUUUCCAAACUGUGUCCCAUCCUUUGGGUUCCGCCAUCUGCUGCCUCUCACAGACAGAGUUGACAGCUUCAACGAGGAAGUUCGGAAACAGAGGGUGUCCCGGAACCGUGAUGCCCCCGAGGGGGGCUUUGAUGCAGUGCUCCAGGCGGCUGUCUGCAAGGAGAAGAUCGGCUGGCGAAAGGAUGCACUGCACUUGCUGGUGUUCACAACGGACGACGUGCCCCACAUCGCGCUGGAUGGAAAACUGGGGGGCCUUGUGCAGCCGCACGACGGCCAGUGCCACCUGAAUGAGGCCAACGAGUACACAGCAUCCAACCAGAUGGACUAUCCAUCCCUUGCCUUGCUUGGAGAGAAGUUGGCAGAGAACAACAUCAACCUCAUCUUUGCAGUGACAAAAAACCAUUAUAUGCUCUACAAGAAUUUUACAGCCCUGAUACCUGGAACAACAGUGGAGAUUUUACAUGGAGACUCCAAAAAUAUUAUUCAACUGAUUAUCAAUGCAUACAGUAGUAUCCGGUCUAAAGUGGAGCUGUCAGUCUGGGAUCAGCCUGAGGAUCUUAAUCUCUUCUUCACUGCCACCUGCCAAGAUGGUGUAUCCUACCCUGGUCAGAGGAAGUGUGAGGGCCUGAAGAUCGGGGACACGGCGUCCUUUGAGGUGUCGGUGGAGGCCCGAAGCUGCCCUGGCAGGCACACGGAGCAUGUGUUCGCCCUGAGGCCGGUGGGAUUCCGGGACAGCCUGCAGGUGGGGGUUGCCUACAACUGCACAUGCGGCUGCAGUGCGGGGCUGGAGCCCAACAGUGCCAGGUGCAGUGGGAAUGGCACUUACGUCUGCGGCUUGUGCGAGUGCAACCCCAGCCACCUGGGCACCAGGUGCGAGUGCCAGGAGGGGGAGAACCAGAGUGUGUACCAGAACCUGUGCCGGGAGGCGGAGGGCAAGCCUCUGUGCAGCGGGCGCGGCCAAUGCAGCUGCAACCAGUGCUCCUGCUUUGAGAGUGAAUUCGGCAAGAUCUACGGGCCUUUCUGCGAGUGUGACAACUUCUCCUGUGCCAGGAACAAGGGAGUCCUCUGCUCAGGCCAUGGCGAGUGUCACUGUGGAGAAUGCAAGUGCCACGUAGGUUACAUCGGUGACAGCUGUAACUGCUCGACUGACAUCAGCACAUGCCGGGCCAAGGACGGCCAGAUCUGCAGCGACCGUGGGCACUGCGUCUGUGGGCAGUGCCAGUGCACAGAGCCAGGAGCCUUUGGGGAGACAUGUGAGAAGUGCCCCACCUGCCCGGAUGCCUGCAGCACCAAGAGAGAUUGCGUCGAGUGCUUGCUGCUUCACUCAGGGAAACCUGACAACCAGACCUGCCAACACGUGUGCAAGGACGAGGUGAUCACGCGGGUGGACUCCAUCGUGAAAGAUGACCAGGAGGCUGUGCUUUGCUUCUACAAAACUGCCAAGGACUGCGUCAUGAUGUUCACCUACUCAGAGCUGCCCAGCGGCAAAUCCAACCUGACGGUGCUCAGGCAGCCAGAGUGUGGCACCGCCCCCAAUGCCAUGACCAUCCUCCUGGCUGUGGUCGGCAGCAUUCUCCUGGUUGGGAUUGCGCUCUUGGCCAUCUGGAAGCUGCUUGUCACCAUCCACGACCGGCGAGAGUUUGCAAAGUUCCAAAGUGAGCGAUCCAGGGCCCGCUACGAAAUGGCUUCAAACCCUCUGUACAGAAAGCCCAUCUCCACACACACCGUGGACUUCACCUUCAACAAGUUCAACAAAUCCUACAAUGGCACAGUGGACUGAUCUCUCCUCCUAGAGGGGCAGAGGGGGACUAAGGAAAAACAUCAGACUGAAAUGCCUGGGCCAGCUUCUCGCCUUGCUCACACUCCCUAGCUAGGCCAGCACAGAGAAGAUCUUCCAGUGAGCCUGGGCCAGGAUCCCAGCGCCUACUGGGCUGGCCCCUCCGAGCCCGGGAAAAGCAAGGAGACCUGGGUGCUCUCGGCUUUCCUGCCACAUCCAGCUUGUUGUCUCAGUGGACUGCUGAGAUGCUGGGCUGCCUCUCCCUUCCAGGAAGGUGGGGCCGCCAGCCUGGCCAGGCAGCAAGGCCAGUGGGAAGGGUCAGAGUGUGUAAAAUCAACAUACAGUCUGGCUUUCUUUGUGUCGAUCAUUUUUAUAUGAAAUAAAAAGAUCAUGCAUUUA